UAUAUAAAUCUUAAAUGUUGCUAUUGAUGAAUUAAAUGUAAUUAUGUCUUUAAAAUGGAACGAAAAUGUUACCCUUGUUUUUUUAAAUGCAUAUCAAAAGCACCCAUGUCUUUGGAAUCCAUAUUAUGUGAAAUAUUAUGAUUGUUUAGCCAAAAAUGAUGCACUCAAGAAUAUAAUUAAAGAACUUAACAUACCCGAAUUGAAUAUAUCUGAUUGUCUAGAACAGAUUAAAUUGAUAAGAAAAAAAUAUGGACAGGAACAAAUAAGAAUUAUUAAAGGGUUUCAAUCAGGCAAACCAUAUAAAUCUCCUUUAGCUUGGUUUUCUAUAAUAGUUGAAAUGUUAACAAAGGUGAUUGACGAUGAAAGCAAGUUGCAGAACAGAAUAGGAUCAAUGAAAAUGAUAUCUCCUGUAAAAGAUUGCAUUACUGUACCAUAUGACAACAACAGCAGAUAUAAAAAUGUAUCUAAUUUUCCUUGUAUGCAAGAUUAUAAAUCAAAAUCAAGAAAAAACAAUAAAUUUACAAAAUCUGAUAAAAAAAGGAGUUUUGAACACGAAAGUGAAGGGCAGAGUAAUACACAAUUGCUGCAGUGUCCAUCCUGUGGUUGGGAAGAUAUAAAUCCUAACAAAUUGGAUAUAAAAACUGUGAAAAAAGCUUACGAAAAUAUAAAACCAAAUAAUAAUUAUAUAUACUAUCCACAAAGCACUUGCAAUUACAUAAAUCAACAAAUGAAAGAGACGACAUCAGUAGCAACUGUUGCAUCCAAACUAACAUUCUGUACAAAAAAAGCACAAUUAUCAAGCAAGCAAUUACUUCCGGAAAGACGAACGAAACAAGUAGGGACCAUCAUUGAGCAAUGCAAUAAGGGAAUACAAAAUACAGAAGUGUCAAAGCAAGUAGCAGUAAAUACUGUGAAACAAUGUGAUAAGGAGAUUCAGAAUACUAUUUGUGCAAAUCCAAGUAAUUGUCAAGUUUUUCAAAUAUAUUCUUCGACACAAGAAACAAAGUCAAUUGAUGCAAAUAUCAUGAAAUGCCCUACAAACGACAUGCGAAAUACGAUUGGUAUAAAAUUAAAGACCGUAGAAGGCUCUAUGCCGAAUUUUAUAUUGAUAACUACCGAUGGAAAUUAUUUGCCAUUGAUACAAAGAGAUUUGAAGGAAUUCACAACUAAUAAAUGUCAGAAAGAUGGUAAUCAUGAUCAGAAAGAAGCGGAAAAAGCUCAUUUUGCAUUAGGUAACAAGAAACUCGUUGAAAAUGAAGUUUGCACUAAAAAAACCUGCUCCUCUCUUCUCUCUCACAACGUAAUGGAGAUUAUCAAACACAAUUCUGCAGUGACACAAUCUUUACUUCAAUGCUUGGAAAAAAUAAUGCAGACAAAAACAAACGUUUAUUCUGUUACGCCGCACUUAUCAAAGAUAGAUGUAAAUUCUAAUUCUUCCGAGGUAACUAUAUGUGAACAAAUUCCAUGCAAAUUUCGAAACGAGAAUAUACAUUCUAACGCUAGCUCUGCUGCUGAACUUGAAAGUUUAAGUUGUUUACUGUGUUUGGAAAAAGUGGAGAAAGAUAACGCCAUAGCAAAACCCUUUGAAGCCCUUUUACAGCUAAUGAAGCAUGCCUUUGUAAUGAAUAGUAAGAAUGUACAAACAAACGAUGUAAAGAAAGAUGAUGCGAUCAAUACAUUUAUCGUUUUAAAUAAAAUAAAAGAAUGUGCAGAUGAAAUUUUGAAGAUAUAUACGCUUGUAGAUUGGUCAAAGAGACAGAUAUUAAAUAAAUUUUGUAAAUCCAAAUCAAAAAGUAUUUGCCUUUCAAGGAAAAACUCUGCUCUGAAUUCGAAUCAGACUCAAGAUAGUAAAGAGGAUGUCGUAGAUCACUUUACAACCGCUAAUGCAAACUCGAAAGACGUAGAAGUAUAUGAACCCUCCACAUCGAAAAUUAGAGAUUACAGUCUUUUGGAAAAUGAUACCACACAUGCAGAAACAAUGAUGGAUAAACCGUUUGUCAAGGAUAAAGAUGUUACUGCGAGUAUAGAAAACCAUGAUAUCGAUUUAAAUAUAUCAUUGCCGCAAAUAUUGCUUCGUGAUUCGGAAACUCAGUAUACUUCGAAGCAAUUGCAAGAUACAGGCAUUGUAACCAAUUCCAAUUUUGAGGAAAAGAUAAGUGUGGCUACUCAAAAUCAUGAGCCUAUUUUGAUUCGUGUAAUCAAAUCUAAUAAUAGCGAAGAUAUUCUAAAAUUGGACAAGGAGACAUGUGUCCGCGAUGCCCAUGUUCUGUGGAACGUCGAUAAGUACUCGAAAAACAUGUUACAGAAGAAAUAUGUAUCAGUUAAAAAAUAUUAUGAUAAACUGUUACAUCCUGGCAUUUCUCAUGUACGCGAGAAAGAAGUGAAUUGUAUAGAUUACUGUACAUCUUUAUUACGUACAGUACCAAAUUCCUCGAAUAGAAUUUAUAGAUACUACAAAGGAUGCAGAAGUUCAUUGCCAUGUCAUCAUGAUUGGAUCAAAACAAAUAUCGCAAACUUUGGAAUAUCAUCGAUUCAACGUAUUUCCAGAAUCCCAUUAUAUGCGAGAUCACGCAAGUAUACACAAAGGAGAACUGAUUUGUACAGAAUGUCACGAUCAUACGUAUAAGCAGUACUUUUAUGAAUGUAAUAUGAUUAAUAAACGCGUGAAAUAAAUCAUACAAAUAAACUUUAUAGUUCGAUAAUCAGUUUUCUAUCCAGGUAAUUGAAUAAAUUAUGAUU